ACGGAGAGUAUAUAACCUGUCGCGCGCGCGCUAACGGCUCACCAACCGCUGCGUGCAUCACCUGACUCUCACCGAACUCUCGGAGAAAAGAUGCGGCUGUGCGGAAAUCUCGCGAUGUUUCUGCUGCUCGGCUGGCUCGCGCCGCGCGACUCGGAGGGUCGUGAGAAAGGGAGGGAAGGAAAGAAAGAUGAAGCAGAAAACGGAGUCGCCUUCAAGGGAAAAUUCUCUGGACGAGCCAGAGAGAGCUGCACGUGGACGGUAAGCGGAGAGCAGCAGUACACGCUGAAAGUCACGUGUGUCGUGAUGAAGAAGGGGAAGCCUCGCCGCGGCUACACGUGUGAGUACACGGCCGAGCCCGCGCUCUGCGCGCGCUUCGUGUCCAAACCCGACGCCUUCUGGAGGCAGAUCUCUCGCGCGCUCAAGCAGCACAAGCUGCACCUGUGCAGAGACGCUCGCGAGACCAUCCAAGCGCGCAUGUGCAAAAGCGGGCCUGUUGGCGCUCACUUCAGGCUCGUCAACCCGAUGAAGGAAAUCACCAUGACGACGCCCGCGGUGAGGGCGGGACUUCCAAAGGACACGCCCACAACAGAGUGCACCCCCGACCAUCGACAGCUCGCGCAAGAAAAGUGCGGAAACGCGUGGGCGAGCAUCUGCAACUUGCUGUUCAGUAUAGUGGAGAGUAGAGACUGCUGAGCGCGCGCGCGGUGUGUGUGUGUGUGUGUGUGUGUGUGUUUAUAUAUUGUUGGGGGCCAAAUGUCCCUACAAGGAAUAUCUAAGUAUUUUGACCUUGGAGAAAUACAGCUUUUAUUUAAAAAAAAAAAAAAAAGCUGAAAUGUUACUGAGGUUAAGGUUAUGGUUAGGUUAAGGUGUAGUUAUAGCAACAAGUGUGUGUGUGUGUGUGUGUGUCCCUACAACAAAUGUCCCUACAUGGAUUUAUCUGACUAUUUUGACCUUCUGGGGACAUUUAGCUUUUCCCCAUGAAGUAAACUGCCUUGUUUUUUUGUUUGUUUGUUUGCUUUUUGUGGGUUUUUUUUUUAUACAAGAACUACAGAUUUUAUUUAAAAAAGCAACCUAAAAAAAAGCUAAAAUGUUACUCAGGUUAAAGUUAUGGUUAGGUUUAGGUGUAGUUAUAGCAACAAGUGUGUGUGUGUGUGUGUGUGUGUGUGUGUGUGUAUAGCCUUGUGUGCACACCUCAGUUACAACAGAAAUAGAAAUACCUGACCUCGUGGGGACAUUGAGUUAACCUUCCUACAAGAAAGUGUUUUUUUUUUUUUUCUUACAAAAACAGCUUUUAUAUGGAAAAACUAAAAAAAAAAAUCUAAAGAUUUCUUUGGUGUGCGAAGAAUAGGUUUUGUGUUAGGGGUUAGAGUUAGGUGUAACAUUAUUUAGCUACAGUAAUAACAUGUCUGUCUUUAUGUGUAGAGAUCCUGAGGCCAAAUCCCUCUGACUAAUAUUUUAUAUAUAUAUAUUAUAUAAAUAUAUAGUGUGUGUGUAUAUAAAUUUUUUUCAUUUAUCCAUAUUUACUUCUGCUUAAAGUUUAUAUGACCUGUGAGUCUUUCAAUAAAAGAAAGUUGAACCACUUCA